AACAUUUUUGACUCAGGUUUUAAGAAGUUAUGCAGAUACGCUCACACUGAUAUACCAAGACCAGAUUUUGAAGAAUAUCGACGGAAAUCCACUCAGGAUCCCAUCAUACCAGCUGCGGAAAGUGCGGAUGAACGAAAAGCGCUUAAUUGUCUUGCUACUUUCGUUGGCAGUGUUGCUGGAUUGUACACUUUCAAGUCUCACUUGUUACACUAUGUAUCUUUCUUCUCGCCCUCGCGAGACAUACUAGCAGAAGCUCGAUUAGAAGUGAAACUAAAUAAUAUACCAGAGGGAAAAGUGUCUAUUAUCAAGUGGCGCGGUAAACCCGUAUUCGUGUAUCAUCGGACUCAAUCGAUCAUCGAUCAGGAAAGAGCCGUGAGCCUGUCGGAGUUGCGCGACCCGGAAACGGACGAGGUUAGAGUCAAGAGAUCGGAGUGGCUAGUCGUGAUAGGAAUCUGUACGCAUCUGGGAUGCGUGCCGAUCCCGAACGCCGGUGUUAUACCGGGUGGCUUCUUUUGCCCGUGUCACGGUUCGCAUUUCGAUGCGGCCGGCCGCGUACGAAAGGGACCGGCGCCAACAAACAUGGAGAUACCCGAGUACAAAUUCAUAAGCGACGAUACUAUCAUUAUAGGCUAACGUACACCUUCUAGUUUAGAUCAGAUGUUUAAUGUUAAUGUUAAUAAUGAGAAUGUUGAAUCAGGAAACCUUGCAAUCCAAGUACAGCAGAGUAACGACUUAAUAAUGCCUAUUCUCUUAGUCUAUAGACGUUAUUAUGUCGUCCUCUGACGUCACGAUAAUGACAAAUUCUGACAUAAUAACGUCUAUAGACUAAGAAUAGUCGUUAUUAUAUAAUAGUUGUCUUCUGACGUCAUUAUGUUGCUUGGGGCAGGAAUAUAAUUUCUAGUACAUUCGUAGUUCAACUCGUACGUGGCGGAUAAAUCUCAAGAUGGCAGAUAAAUUGUAAGAUUGUAAUGACAGUACAAUCGGUUUCGACUAAAAUCCGUUAUGUAGAGCAAUUAUUGUCGUAGAAUAAUAAUAACAUUUGUUAGAGUAAUAGCGACGAAUAAUAGUGACGAUUUG